UGAAGGUGACAGUAGAGUGUGGGCGAUUAAAACUACUAGUCCUUUGUGCGAUAACAAUCCAGUUUUAAUUCUCUGAUUUUGUGACAAACUUUUAUAUCAAGCAGCCAUUGUUAUUUUGAAAUUAAUAUAAAAAUAUGUCAUCAUAGACCGCGAACAACAAUGGAAAAAAAUGCAGUGACCACGGUGACUCAACCGAGCAGGGCAUCCCCGUCACGCGCACAUGCGCACAUGCGCACAGCUGCUUUUACCUUUAAUGGUAAAAAUAAACAUUUUGUCCUAAAGUGCUUGAAUAAAAUACGUUGAUAAAUAAAUACGAAACAGUUUUACAGGAUUCUACUAAAAGAAAAACAUGGCCUGUCGAAAGCUACCGCCAGAGGCGCAGAAAAUAUUUGAUAAGUAUUGUCAAAACUUCGUCAUGAAAUUGAAACGCGAGGAUGCCAUUAGAAUGUUCACCUCGGACUUCCACCUGAAUGAAAAGCAGGCAGAAACCAUGUUUGAACUUUACGACAUCGACAAAAACGGACAACUCAGCCAAUGGGAGUUCAGACAGUUUUACACCAACCUGGGAGAACAUGCUGCUGAACUAUUCGAAACAUUUGAGAAACUCAACUCCGAGGGAGCUGGUAGUUUAGAUUUUGAGAAAACCUGGGAUUUACUAAAAACAGUAAAAAACGCCAAUGGUAAACUCGCUGAUGAUAGCGAGUUAGAGGUGUUCAUCAAAGCUGCGGCCGGCCAAGAGAAAAAGAUGGACUUUGGAAAAUUUAUGAAUGUGUUCUGUAGGAUUAAACAAAGUAGAUCUUAAAAUUAUCUGAGAAAAUCCAGGUUGUUAAAAAAUUAAUUGUGAUGGCUUUAUAGUGCAUAUAUAUUUUUUUAAAUUAACAUUUAUUUAAAGUUUAUUAUUUCAUUUCAUUCAUGGGUCUUUUAUCAAUUAGGACAUUACCA